AUGGUCAAGGGAAUUGUUACGCCGAGUCCAGCGACGGUUGGAAGUAACUCGGCUGGACUGACCAACUCGGCGGACUCGGCGAAUGCGAUGAUCACGGACGCGACGGCGGACGAGGCGCGCACCGUCCAGUUCGAUGAGGAGGUUGCCCAAGACCAAGAAAGUGAGGAAGAUGUUGAGGAUGAGUAUGAGGAGAAAGCCGGGCUACUCAGCGAAGUCGACGAGUUGUCGCUGCAAGUCGGACGAAUGGGUACCCCACGUCCAGUUGUGCGCAACCUGGCGGCCGAGCUCGGCAAUGAUACGGACGACGAAGAUCAAGCCACCGCUCAAGGGGAACGUCCGCCCCUGAUCCCGCGAGCGACGAGGAAUGCGGAUACGCCAAGUGCGAACAAGGUUAUGGGCAGGCUCGGAGAGGAGAUGCGAGCUCAGAGCGAGUGGAUGAUGAUGUUUGCCCCAGUGGCGAUGGCUCAGGCGAGAUGGCCGGUGCUAGGGCCCGAGCUGACUCAGCCGGUGAACAGCACCGACAUCAACCAACUAGUCGAAGACACGGUGCUGCUACUCAAGGCGAUGGGGUUCGGGUGCACGAGCCGGCCCAACAGCCUGCUACUCGGCGAUUGGGACCCCAGCCGAGCUUCACGCGAAAUCCUCAAGUUGAAGCGUCGGUUGAGAGUCUCGUUUGGUCUCGAGCGGGGUGCCGUCGGAACUCGACAGACUAUUGCGAAACGAGUGGCUGAUACUCCGAAGACCGUCGAAGACCCCAGCAGGAUUCCCCUGCCGAAGACUCCCGAACGCAAGAGAGCCGAGGUGUUCCGCUCUACUGAGGGUACGCCGUAUUUCGAAGAUUCGCAUAUGAAGACGCCAACGCGUGGCAAGCAGCCAAGUGGACGCUACGCUGAGUUGUUUGACGCUGCAGACGCAGCUGAGCUCAGCGACAGCGACGAUGGGCGCGAGUACCUGAACUCGGCUGAAGAGUCGGUGAAGGACGUCAUCAAGCACCUUAGCUUCGAUGACGCUGAAAGUGAUCGGACGGAAUACUUGGAGGUUUGCACCCAUGCGUCCCUCGACAAGAUCCCUAUGUUCGAAGGCAAAUGUUACCGACCGGAUGACUCUCUCCAGUGGCUUAAGCGGUUCAUCUACGAGAUGAAAGGAACUCGGCUGGCACAAGACCUCUGGUACGAGCCAUUCUCGCUGAAGAUGGAGCGAGGCGCGAAGAGCUGGUAUCGCCAGCUCCCGAAGAAAACGCAACGGAAAUGGAGUCUGCUGAGUGAGGCAUUCGCCGACUACUACUGUUCGCAGUUUGACCAGUCGGCACGAGCUCGCUAUUACUCGGCUCAGCGCAAAGACAACGAGCUGGUGUGUGACUUCCUCGUUCGUCUCAAGGGAUAUGCGAAGUCGGCGAAAAUCCAGUACGAGGCCGGUGGAGCGGAUGCUGCUGACCAUGCGGAACACUUCCUGUUGCACUGCGGAGAUGAUGACAUCAUGGAUCUGCUCUAUCCGCAACAGCUCACCGACAUCAAGAAGGUCGAGAAGAUCAUCAACCAGAAGAUCCUGGGGGAGCGCCGGAAGAAACAGCGCGACCGUCUCAUCGGAAGCCGCAGCCGAGAUGCCAAGCGCACCGAUUCGCCAAGGCACUCGGCAGCUCGGCGGAGUGAGCCGCGCCGAGAUGACCACCGGGAAUGA